AUGGCCAUCAUCUGCAUCCAGUCUGCCGGCCUGGCAUCUGUGGACAUGCUGUGCGACAAGUGCCACGAGAUCUUCAAUGGAGGACUCGCCGAGAUCAGGAUCAUGAACAACAACAGCACCCAUCACUGGGCAAUAUGGCGGCCUUGCCGGAACCCCGAAUGCAGCAAGCACGGCUCUGAACCGCACGUUACGUGGGAGUGGCUUUCGCAGCGUCUCGAGUCACGGUCGCAUAGUUCCUACCGGAUUGACGAGAAGCCUCUCAAGCCAGAGACCAAGUUCCAUCUCCACCAUACUCUGGAAGAGUUAUCAUUGUCGGCAGAGCGUGGCUGCAUAUCAUGCAGCCUCUUGGUCUCGCAGCCCAUGGGAGUACUGGACGACUUCUCCUCGGACCAGAAACGCACCAUUCGCGGCAUACCAGUCAUCGUUGAUCGGGACUCGCUAUCGCAACAAACGAGAGGCCCAACAACGAAAGAACAACACCUGCAACUUCGACUGUGGUAUCUGCGAGAUGGUGACUCCAUUCGAUUCGGCUGGCCGGGUGCGCAUGGACCAGUGUUACGGAUUGGUCUGCAAGGUCCCCGACUACCACCAGAUACAGAACGCAUUGGUAGCUUUCAGAAGCCAACCCUGGACAAACUCGUCAAGUGGUUAGCAGCAUCGAAGGACGAGUCGCCAGAGUACCGUGCGGACAGCGUUCAGGCCUCGGAGUCGUCCCGUGGAAUCUUUACAGGUAGACCGAGGAGGCUACUGCACAUUUUGAACCACCCAUUCGAGCAGAGAGUACAGCUGAAAGAGAUUGACCACGCCGACUUUGAAGCCAAGAGCAUCUCAUAUGCGACCCUCAGUCAUUGCUGGGGAAGCAGCGGGCCAUCCCAGAAGCUACUGAGGUCACAGCAUGGUCGCCUGGAGUCCGGAGUACCAUGGACUGACCUUCCCAAGACAUUCCGAGACGCCCUGGAGGUCGCGUCAGCCCUCGGACUCCAGUAUAUAUGGAUUGACGCCCUCUGUAUUAUCCAGGACUCGAGGGAGGAUUGGAUUCGCGAAUCUGUACAGAUGGGAUCGAUAUAUGCAAAUUCAGUACUCAACAUUGCUGCCACGGGUGCUCGGAACAGCGAGCAAGGUCUGUUUUUGCAGGCGGAGAGUACCACCGAUCGGGAUGUUCAGGUUCACUGGAGAGGGUCGGCAAUCGAUGGGGUAUGGUACCUUUUGUGUCCCUUCAUCCCGUCCGACCCGGAUAGUGCCAGAAGCUACUUGAUGCCCCCUUCUCCCUUGGACGAGCGCGCAUGGGUACUGCAAGAGCGGCUACUGUCAUCGAGGAUUGUGGAGUUCCCUAGUGAUCAGAUCAGAUGGCAGAGUCACUCCGAGACCGGAACUGACCUUGACGUGGACUCUGCCGGAGGAAUACGAUCAUAUGACAUUAUGGACCAUGCGAUCGAGGAUGGGAGAUGGCCAAUACUUGUUCAAGGCUACAUGCAAAGAGUCUUGACAUACCAUACUGAUAGACUUGUUGCGUUCUCUGCAAUUGCACAAGCCUACGCCCGUUUCCACCAAAAAGGCGAGACCGACUACCUGGCUGGCUUAUGGCGGCAAGACAUAUGUAGACAUCUCUUAUGGCACUUGCAAAAGCCUGCAAUACGCACCGCAAAACUCGGAUUGUCUCCGGAGCAGUAUGUGGCGCCGUCCUGGUCUUGGGCUUCUCUCCCGAACCUUGAACGCAAGAACCUCGCCGUCGAGAACGACCAAUGGUACACCGAACGCGGGAUGAACCAAAGAUGGGGACGGAGAGGGGGGUUGGGAUGGGGCGCAAAGCUGUGGAACGACGACAGCAACACGGUGGAGGGACCGCGUUGGCAAGAUCAUUUCGUUAUCGAACAAGCCUCGAUUCAAUCGAGCAACGCAAGCCACUUUGGACCGCUCACAAACGCAUACCUCGACGUGAAGUGUCCAGUCUACUUUUUGAGCAUUGUGCGUCAACCUGAACGCAACAGAAGAUACUGUCCCGACAUUGUGAAGGCGACUGUAAGGUCUGUCAAUGGUGAUGGUGAAGCAAUGACCGGAUCCUACCACGCCGAUGACACAUACGACGCAGCGUUCGUGAUUGGUGAGCGGGUACACUUUAUGCCCUUGGCUUUGUAUGUUGCUUCGGGUCACUUCGUGGAUGGUGUCUCAGACGGCAUCUUCAUCGAUGGUUUGGUGUUGGCCGGUGUAGAGCCAGAUGGUGCGUUCAGAAGAGUCGGCAUGCUAACGUUGAUGGGUAUGGAGAACGUGCCGGCUUGGUGGUACCCAGGCCACUGUCUGGAGACGACGGAGGACGCAUCCAGUGUCCCAAUAUCUACCAAGCGCAUCAGAAUGGUCUGA